CACAAGGAAGUCACAAGGAAAUUGCAAGCAAGUCACACGACUCUGGGGUUGCAGCACAGAGGACAAGGGGUCACUGCUGACAGAGCAGAGGACAGGGGGUCACUGCUGGCAGGGCAGAGGACAGGGGUCACUGCUGGUAGGGCAGAGGACAGGGGUCACUGCUGGCAGGGCAGAGGACAGGGGUCACUGCUGGCAGGGCAGAGGACAGGGGUCACUGCUGGCAGGGCAGCGGACAGGGGUCACUGCUGGCAGGGCAGCGGACAGGGGUCAUUGGUAGAAGAGCAGAGGACAGGGGUCACUGCUGGCAGGGCAGAGGACAGGGGUGACUGCUGGCAGAGCAGAGGACAGGGUUGACUGCUGGUAGGGCAGAGGAUAGGGGUCACUGCUGGUAGGGCAGAGGACAGGGGUGACUGCUGGCAGAGCAGAGGACAGGGUUGACUGCUGGUAGGGCAGAGGACAGGGGUCACUGCCGGUUGGGCAGAGGACAGGGGUCACUGCUGGCAGAGCAGAGGACAGGGGUCACUGCUGGUAGGGCAGAGGACAGGGGUGACUGCUGGCAGGGCAGAGGACAGGGGUCACUGCUGGCAGAGCA